GGCAUGGCGGAGAAGAGGAAAAGCGCUCCCGUUACGCUGAGCUCGAGAGCUCACGCCUUUUCUGUCGAGGCGUUGCUCGGGCCCCGAGUGAAGAAACAGCGGACGGCACAGUUCCACAGCUCCCGGGAGGAUGCCUCGGAGGACACCGUGCUGGAAAACUUCAGCACAUCCGACGGUAGACAGGAGGACCGUGCACCCGAGCAGAGCUCCUCGGCGCUGGGCUCGAUCCAGGCCCUGCAGAGCCGGCUGGCCUACCCGCUGCCCCAGCCGGACGGGCCGGACCAGGUGCGUGUGGAACUGCAAGGGAAGGACUUGUGGUCGCGGUUUCACGACAUCGGCACUGAGAUGAUCAUCACCAAGGCUGGCAGACGCAUGUUCCCUGCCAUCCGUACCAAAGUGACCGGGCUGGACCCCAAAGCUCAGUACAUCGUCAUCAUGGAUAUCGUGCCCGUGGACAACAAGCGGUACCGCUACGUCUACCACAGCUCCAAGUGGAUGUGUGCCGGCUCCGCGGACGCCCCUCCCCCGCCCAGGGUGUACGUGCACCCCGAUUCGCCGGCCUCCGGAGAGGCCUGGAUGCGCCAGACUGUCUCGUUCGACAAACUCAAGCUCACCAACAACGAGAACGACGAACAGGGAUACAUCAUUCUCCACUCCAUGCACAAGUACCAGCCCCGAGUUCACAUCAUCAAGAAGACAGCACACACGGACCUCACCAACAAGACCAGCAUCUCACCUGGCGACAAGGCACAGACGUUUGCCUUCCCAGAGACCGUGUUCACCACAGUCACCGCCUACCAGAACCAACAGAUCACCAGACUGAAGAUUGACAGGAAUCCGUUUGCAAAGGGCUUCCGAGACUCCGGCAGAAACAGGUCUGGGCUGGAGUGCAUCAUGGACAGCUACGCCCUCUGGCACAACCCCGCCGGUCGACCCUUGACCUACGGACAGUACACCUCCAUGAAGAGCCAAGAAGAAGAGAAGCUGAUGUCGGGGAUGCUGCAGCCCCCCUCCCCUCCCACAGCAUUCUACCUGGCGCCCAACACCUUCAAUGUGGGCUGCCGCGAGGGACAGGCGUGCCUCACGCCCGAGCGCUACCACGAGCCGUCCCAGCGGACGUCCAUCAACAAGGAGAACGUGUUCUCCGCUGACCUCCCCUCCGACAGUCCCCGACUGGCGCACCCACAAUGCAGUGCGACAGGAAGUAUGUGCAGACAUCCGCUGAUGCCGGAAUCACCGGCGUUGCCACAUCCCGACGACUACGUCCGACAGACGGCCACGCAGCCUCCCAGCAUUCCCUACCAGUACCUUCCCAGCAGCCCCCACUUCUCCCAGACGACCUUGAGCCCGACCCAGCACAGCCCGCUCCUGGGCGCCCCCUACCCAUCCCCACGGAACUGCAGCGCCGGGUCUUCCCCCCACUCCUACCUUCCCAUCAGCCCCUCCACAUCCGGAACUUCCUCUUGCCCUACGACCUCUCACCUCUCCCCGACCUUCUGCACCUCCGCGACCUUCCCACAUCCGUACUUCAACAACCUGCAGGUGCUGCCGACCUCUGCCCUCCCGACCUCCGCCCUUCCGACCUCUGCCCUCCCGACCUCUGCCCUGCCGACCUCUGCCCCCAGUGGCUACAGCUACCUGCAUGGACAGUACAGGCUGGCGGUGCACAGAAUACCCAGUCCUCAGGCAUCACUAGUAUAAAGACAAUCACAGAUUAAAUCAAUAUCAAUAAUCAAUGAAUGUAAAUAUUAUAUGCUGGCAAGCAAUGCCAUUCUUGUCCAGAAAAUUCUGUUACGCUCUAUGUCAUUUCAAAUUUGAGAGAAUGAAAACUUUAAAUGUUGGGCUUUAA